UUGUGAGUAGAAAUGCAGGAAGUGUGCUCCAGUCAUGUUUCCUUUGACACAAGUAGAGAGAGAGAGAGAGCAUUAGGGAUGUAGACCAUCUAUAGUCACACUGCCACCUAAAUUCACAUACAUUCAAAGCUCUUGUAUGACUCUACUGGAUGUACUUGUAUUAGAUAUCCACAUUGGAUAUGGGUAACAUCGCAGUUUAUCACAACAUUACAUGCAUUAACGAGCUGAAGAACAUCACCUGCCAAACAACGUUUUCGAAACCUUUUCUAGAUGGUUUGAUAUUAUCGUUCACCGUCUCUGUUGUCAUUGGAUUGAUAAUUGGUGGUAUAAUAUGGCUUCUAGUGACAUGCAUGUCCCGUCGUCGAGCCAGUGCAGCUAUAUCCCCAAGAAUGACAAAUUCAGCUAGUCGCCGUCCUAGAACCUCAUCUCAAAACCAUGCUUUAAAUAGAUCUGGGUUUUACCGCAACAGUGGCUGUGAACGCAGGAGCAACCUUAGUUUGGCUAGUCUGACUUUUCAAAGACAGACAUCACAAGAGCAAAAUGACCAAUUUAAUCGGAAACCUAGCUUCAGAGCAUCCACAUUCCAUCCAUUCCUACAGUCACCUCCACUACCUGUUGAAGCCGAAUGUCAAAUGGUUACACUUCCCAGAUCCAACAGCACAUCACCAACACUUAACAAUUCUAGUAAUCUUGGCCGUCCUGAAUUCCAUUGGUCAAACAACAGCUUGCGUCUUGGCCACUCCACUCAUACUCCUCCACCUGCCUAUGAAAGCAUUAUUAAGGCUUUCCCGGAUUCUUGAAAACAAUGUCUGAAUUGUUGGAUUGAACAGCUUAUUAUCCAGUGGAAAUUGCAACAUUGAUGGAGCAUACAAAAGGGUGCCAGUUGACUACUUUUGUGCUUUCUUAAAGAAGAACUAUCUGACUAUAGCUGCAUUGAGGGAGCUAUUAAUUUUCUAAAUAUAAUUGUGUAUCCAGUCUUUUGAUUUCCUGGCACUAGGACAAGUGGAAACAUCCAAAGGUCAAUAACUUUUAAAAUCCUGACUAAUUUAAUAAAGGGGUAAUAUCCUUAGCCUGUGUUCAUAUAGACCGUCCUGUACAGGGGAAGCUCCCAUUUUUUUAUUCCUCUAAAUAUGAUUAGUGUUCCAAAUAAACAAGGAAAAUUACUUCUUUAGUU